UACAGAGAAGGAAGGAGUGUUCACUGAAACUGAAUGCUGACAGCAGAAUACGGUUGAGUAAUGUACUUUAAGGAAGUUAACACAGGCUAUAAUAUCCUUGUGUACAAGAGUACAGAAAGUAUAUAACAACAUGGAGAGAGCAAAGGCAUGGAUUUAUCCCCUUCUUUUGCUGGUUAUCAGCGAUUUCAUUUCCAGACAGAACGCAACAGCUUCAACAGCUCCUACUGAGACUUCUACAUCUGUACAAACAGCAAAGACAACAGCAACUGGUGAAUUCACUUCCGAAUCAGCACGUACAACCCAAUCAAUUAUUCAAUCAUCAUCAACCACUGUUAGCUCCAGAACAGAAACUGCUGGAACAACUGGUCCGACCACAACUCCUCCGGUUGGAACAUCAUCUACACCUGGACAAUUAACAACUACAGCAGCCUCUGCACCCAUCCCAGGAGUGACAACUGCAGAGAACACCCCUCAGCAAUCAACAACAGAAUCCAUACCGAACCCAACAACAGGGAACAAUCUCACAACAACAGCAAAUACCACAUCAAGUAUUGCAAUAACAACAGAAAGCUCUUCUUCCUUCCAACCACUAACAAAUACAUCACAAACUUCUGCAUCAUCUUCAGUUACACCAGUGCUACCAACUACACUGAGCAGCACUCAACUAUCAACAACUCGCCACAUGACCAUCUCAACAAGUCAUGGCAGUUCCACAACACCAGGAGUGACAACUGCAGAGAACACCCGUCAGCAAUCAACAACAGAAUCCACACCAAACUCAACACCAGGGAACAAUCUCUCAACAACAGCAAGUGUUACACAGGUCCCUCCAACUACACUGAGCAGCACUCAACCAUCGACAACUCAGAACAUGACAAUCUCAAUAAGUGAUGGCAGUUCCACAAUACCAGCUGGAACAACUGGUCCGACCACAACUCCUCUGGUUGGAACAUCAUCUCCACCUGGACAAUUAACAACUACAGCAGCCUCUGCACCCAUCCCAGGAGUGACAACUGCAGAGAACACCCCUCAGCAAUCAACAAUAGAAUCCACACCAAACCCAACAACAGGGAACAAUCUCCCAACAACAGCAAGUUUUACACAGGUCCCUCCAACUACACCGAGCAGCACUCAACCAUCGACAACUCAGAGCAUGACAAUCUCAACAAGUGAUGUCAGUUCCACAACACCAGCUGGAACAACUGGUCCGACCACAACUCCUCUGGUUGGAACAUCAUCUACACCUGGACAAUUAACAACUACAGCAGCCUCUGCACCCAUCCCAGGAGUGACAACUGCAGAGAACACCCCUCAGCAAUCAACAACAGAAUCCACACCAAACCCAACAACAGGCGACAAUCUCCCAACAACAGCAAGUUUUACACAGGUCCCUCCAACUACGCUGAGCAGCACUCAACCAUCGACAACUCAGAGCAUGACAAUCUCAACAAGUGAUGUCAGUUCCACAACACCAGCUGGAACAACUGGCCCGACCACAACUCCUCUGGUUGGAACAUCAUCUACACCUGGACAAUUAACAACUACAGCAGCCUCUGCACCCAUCCCAGGAGUGACAACUGCAGAGAACACCCCUCAGCAAUCAACAAUAGAAUCCACAACAAACCCAACAACAGGGAACAAUCUCCCAACAACAGCAAGUUUUACACAGGUCCCUCCAACUACACUGAGCAGCACUCAACCAUCGACAACUCAGAGCAUGACAAUCUCAACAAGUGAUGUCAGUUCCACAACACCAGCUAGAACAACUAGUCCGACCACAACUCCUCUGGUUAGAACAUCAUCUACACCUGGACAAUUAACAACUACAGCAGCCUCUGCACCCAUCCCAGGAGUGACAACUGCAGAGAACACCCCUCAGCAAUCAACAACAGAAUCCACACCAAACCUAACAACAGGGAACAAUCUCCCAACAACAGCAAGUUCUGGAACAACUGGCCCGACCACAACUCCUCUGGUUGGAACAUCAUCUACACCUGGACAAUUAACAACUACAGCAGCCUCUGCACCCAUCCCAGGAGUGACAACUGCAGAGAACACCCCUCAGCAAUCAACAUCAGAAUCCACACCAAACCCAACAACAGGGGACAAUCUCCCAACAACAGCAAGUUUUACACAGGUCCCUCCAACUACACUGAGCAGCACUCAACCAUCGACAACACAGAGCAUGACAAUCUCAACAAGAGAUGGCAGUUCCACAACACCAGCUGGAACAACUGGUCCGACCACAACUCCUCUGGUUGGAACAUCAUCUACACCUGGACAAUUAACAACUACAGCAGCCUCUGCACCCAUCCCAGGAGUGACAACUGCAGAGAACACCCCUCAGCAAUCAACAAUAGAAUCCACAACAAACCCAACAACAGGGAAUAAUCUCCCAACAACAGCAAGUUUUACACAGGUCCCUCCAACUACACUGAGCAGCACUCAACCAUCGACAACUCAGAGCAUGACCAUCUCAACAAGUGAUGUCAGUUCCACAACACCAGCUGGAACAACUAGUCCGACCACAACUCCUCUGGUUGGAACAUCAUCUACACCUGGACAAUUAACAACUACAGCAGCCUCUGCACCCAUCCCAGGAGUGACAACUGCAGAGAACACCCCUCAGCAAUCAACAACAGAAUCCACACCAAACCCAACAACGGGGAACAAUCGCCAAACAACAGCAAGUUUUACACAGGUCCCUCCAACUACACUGAGCAGCACUCAACCAUCGACAACUCAGAGCAUGACAAUCUCAACAAGUGAUGUCAGUUCCACAACACCAGAUAUUGAUGAAUGUGAAGCCAACAUAGCAACCUGUGAACAAGUCUGUAUAAAUACAAUUGACAGUUUCAUCUGCAGCUGCUUUCAUGGUUUCAGGCAAAAUGAGGAGAACACAUCUCUUUGUGAUGAUAUCGAUGAAUGUACAGCCAUAGGAAGCUGUCAACAAAUCUGCACGAAUACGAUAGGAGGUUUCAAAUGCAGCUGUUAUCCUGGCUAUAGAGUCAACACCCGAAUCCCUUCUCUCUGUGAAGCGCAGCGCAAAGUUAUCCUCAGGGUCACUGUCACAAGCGAGGAUGUGAAUCUGGCUGAUGAAGGAGUUCGAGAAAAAGUUCGCCAACUUUUUCAACAUGAAGCUAAUUUGAUUUUUAAUGGAAGGAUCUUCGAACAAGAAGCAUUUCCAGCUGAGAACAACCCACGCCACAUCGCAACCUGAAUAAUAUUGUGCGAUAUUCAUCAUUUUUAAACCACAUUUGAAAGGCUUCUCCAACCAAUUUUCGUACAGUUCCUCAAAAGACCUGGAGAUUGAUUUUCAACUUAUCACCUAGAUAUGAAAGUACCAUUGCUAAAUGGUCACCUAGCAGAGAAAGAAACCAGUUGUGCAAUUGUAAUCAUCUCCAGCAGAAGAGCCACAGCGAUGAUCCACCUGGGUCUCCACUUGAAACCCCCAGCAUCACAGAUGUUCACAUUCAGCCAAUACUAGUAUAUCCCCAUCAAUGUGGAAAAUUGUCCAGGUAUAUCCUUUCCACAAAAAGCAAGAUUGAGACAAUUUUGCACAAUCCUUCUAUCCUUAAUCAUCAGCAAACACAUUGAAGAGGUAUUUGAAAGUGCCAAGAAACCCAGCAAUAACCUCAUCCCUGAUGCUCAGUUUAGGUUCCGCGAGGGCCACUCAGCUUCUGAUCUCAUUUCAAAUGUGGUCCAAACGUGGACAAAAGAAGGGACUCUGGACGGGAGAUAAGAGUGACUGCCGAUGAUGUCAAGAUAGCAUUUGAAUGAAUAGGGAAUCAAAAAGCCCAAUCAAAGCUCGAGGUACUGGGAAUCAGAAGGAUAAUUCUCCACAUUUGGUACCAAUGAUUUUAGUCAUGAGACAUCAUUGCAAGAGCUUCUCAGGGUAGAUAUUUCCAAUCAACCAUUGAAAGGUGACAUUACACCCCCCUAGAGUAGGUGGGAUCUGGACCUUCUGGUCCAGAGGUGGCAACACCACUGCACCACAAGAGCCCCAGAACUCCUCAAGACAGUGUCAUAAGUCCAACUAUCUUCAUCUGUCUCAUCAACAACCUCUCAUCCAUCAUAAGGUCAGAAAUCGUCCCACCCAGAUGUUUUUGGCAUGAAUGAUACACUCCAGGAGGACGUAAUCUGAAACAAUUACUUCCCACUGACGUUCGUGAGAUAUUUUCAUGAUUUAAUUAUUAACUCACAAGAAGAAAUAAUCAAUUAUCUUUGUAUUUGGGGUAAAAAAAAGGGUCAUAUCAUGAGACAAUUACUGUCAUUAAUUUCCUUAGAAAUACUUUCACUCUGCUGCCAACAUUUCUCCAAAUGUUUUGAGGAAGGUUAACCUGUAGAAUUUCUGAUAAAUUCGCAUGAGUAGGAUAGCAUAGUGGCAAUGUUACUAGUCUACUAAUUUGGACACUGGAGUUUGUGUUCCACAAUGGCAUUUUAAAUUCAAUUUGUAAGGAAAACAUGGAAUAAAAAUCUAUGUUCUCAGUAA